AUGCAAGUAGCAUCUGAAGGCUACCGCAUCGAGGUUCUACGUUGUGACAAAGGCGGAGAGAACACUGGGGAAGAAAUGCGCAACUACUGUAGGGAGUCUGCGAUCAAGCUGGAAUUCGCCGCGACCAACACGCCCCAAGAAAUCGGAGUGUCAGAAAGGGAUGGCCAGACACUUGCGGCUGUGACUCGAGCUCUACUGCGCGAUGGAGACUUCCCAAAACACAUGUGGGGGGACCUUUCUCGACUUCGUGCCAUCGGCGCCCGCGCGUUCGUUCAUCUCGAGCGAUACAAGAAGCUAGACGACCGGGCCUUUGAAGGCGAGCUCUGCGGUUACGGACCUGACAGCAAGACGUACCGGAUCUACGUGGAGGGCAAAGACAAGGUCUACGAGAGCCGGAACGUGACUUUCAUCGAGACUCCACCCAACACCAUCCCCCCUCACCGGUGGGACGACCGUCUCGGAUAA